AUGGUGCAGGACCUGGUCCAUCCAUCAAUGUAUCCCUUCGUUUAUGGCCGCUCCAACUUCAUCCAAGAGGAAACUGUUGGUGUCUAUGACGCCUUGGACCACGUUGGGAAAGGCGCAGCUGUUCCUAAAGACGAUCAGCCCGAAAGCGACCAUGUCUUUUGGUCCACCACGUAUCAAUGGCUCCCCGCUAAUAUCUCUUUCCGGGAUGAUGGCACCGUCAAGUUCACAAGCUAUGUCAAGACCUUGAACCCAGAGAAGUUCCCCGAGAUCUACGAAACUCUCGAGCGUAUCAUUGAUAAGACAAUUUCCGCUUGGGAUCAAUGUCUUCAUGAGUAUACUAAUUGGAAAGAGGGCCCUGUUGCCGGAAGAGUUGACUCACGAUUCUACAAGACUACUGAAGCCUCUGACUCAGAUGACAGCAUCUGGGCUCCAGAACUCGAUGUCGCAAAGCUCAAAGACAUAGAUGUCAACCUCACGCAUGAGGAACUAGAACAGCUCGAGGAUAUGGCAUGUUUUGAAAAUGGCAACACCCAGAUAGGCUGGAAAACGCAGCACGAGAGGAUGAGAAACGGUCUACCUCCCCUAACCCCCAACGUCGAGGACAGUCACAUCGCGAGGGCCAAAUGGGAAAAGGUCAGAGAGGCCAAACUCCCUGAGCCACGAGACUUUGAGGAGAUUGACUACGCACCUGAGCAAAUCCUUCGUGAAAAGUUCAAAGAGAACGGGCUGCAGGUUAUCGUCAAUAUGGCAAAUAUUGAACUGACGCCCGAAAAGCCCGAGUUUCCAGCCGGAGGAUGGUGCGUGAGCGAAAAGAUCUGUGCAACAGCCCUCUACUACCUCGACAGCGACAUCGUCACUCCCAGUCAUCUAUCGUUCCGCACGCAGACAGACUCGUACCUCAGUGAUAGGAUACACGCCAAACAAGACGAGUACAACUGGCUUGAGAGAGUCUAUGGCACUGCCUUGCGCGGGUAUGGAUUCUCAACCUGUGUACAGAACUUUAGAGAUGGCCAGACGAAGCAGGGACGACUUCUAGCGUUUCCCAACAUGUUACCCUACCAAGACCGGCCACAGGCGUUUCAUCACGCUCUGGCUCGUCGACCCUCACCGGUGCAUCAUAUCUACCGCCAACGUGCCUCCUCCGCAGCAACAAGACUGGUGGAAUCACAAUCUGGGUCUGAGGGGUUGAUGAGUGUAGAGGAGGCACGAGAGCAUCGACUCAAAUUGAUGGACCAGCGGACAAGGAAGGAUGAGGCCAAAAGCGGGGAGAAGUGGUAUUACAGCUUUUGCGAGCGCUGA